AUGGAUGACCGCUACAAUGCUUCGACAACGAGGUCUGGGUCCAGGCCGUCGUCCGGGGACGGAAUUGGACUCCUGAGCAGUAGAGAUCCACCCAAUGUGAUGGCAACUACGAUUACUGCCACAGAGCCGGGAACAUUCUACCGGGGGCGACACUCGAGAGGUAAUUCAAGAGAGGAGCGGCUGGGUUCGAUUGACGAAAGUGGAGGAUCCUAUGAAAUGAUUGAGCCGCCCACGCCAACAAAGACUCGGCGACUGAGCCCAGGACCAUCGAAUGCUUCAUCGAUGCUGAGACGGCUAACCACCAAAAUUGCGCCUGUCGGUCGGCCUCACUUUCGCUCCACCAAGAGGACGAAAGGACAGCAAUAUGCGACACUCGACGACGAGGAUGACAACCGAGCUAGCACUGUGGACAUAUCCUCACUCGCGGGCUUGGGCUGGGAGCUAAACGACAUGUCUCAUUUAGAUGUAUCACAUCCUGGAGAAGAUACAGCAUAUAAUCCCCCGGCAAGCACAGAGCGAAAGCCCGACUUUCGCAGCUUCGUGGAGAAGCGUCGUUCGGUGGGAGAAGGUAUGAGAGACAUAGGUGUCCAAUUGAGGCGCGACCCGACUAAAGUCGUGAGACGACCUACUGGUGGUUCUGGCGGUGGUUUAAGCACUGGCAUCGAUCGAGCUAAGACUGUGCGACAGUUGGGUCAGGAUCUGGCGCAAAAGAAAAACAUGAUUGUCGAGAUAGAGGAGGCGGUCGACUUGAGCUCCCUAGAAGGUGGACAGCCAGACAAUCGAGCCAGUCGAGCAUUCGAGACCACUUCGGACCGACAAAGCAUCAUGCCACAGGAAACGAAGAGUUACUUUUUCCCCGAGGAUCCGGAUAUUCCGAACUGGAAGCCAUUCUCCAUGAGCAGCAUUUAUAUUCUGGUCUUGAUGGCCCUUGCCCUUGGUCUGGCCGGACUUCAAGAGUAUCUGUGUCAAAGAUCCAUCAAGCGUACAAAGGAGAAUAGUGGACUUCUUGCUUUCAACCACGUGGCUGAGAUCUCGACAUGGGAUUUCUUUGCGUGGAAAUAUUUGCCAACCAUGGUCUGCAUUGUCUAUGCCGUACUCUUCUCGAUCAUGGAUUUCGACAUCCGCCGACUGGAGCCCUUCUAUCAAUUGUCACGACCCGGCGGUGCGCUGGCCUCGGCGAGUCUCAACUUGGAUCAUCUUACCAUGUUUCAAUACUUUGUACCUUUCAAGGCCUUUCGCCUAAAACAAUAUGCCGUCUUAUUUUCAACCACGGGCAACAUCGUCGCAUCGAUGGUCGGGCCUUCCCUCCAGAAUCCCUCCCUCGAUAUGCAGACUAAUCCGAACCCCAAGUGCAACGCCGGUGGAUGCGGAGAUUCCGACGAAAAGCACUAUUGGCUCCGAGUUGACCCUGUAUGGUCGCGUCUGCUCUCGGCAAGCUACCUGAUUGUGGCUCUCGUUCUGGUGGUUCUGUUCUUCCAACUCCGCCGGAAGUCUGGCUUGCUGAGUGAUCCGAAGGGGAUUGCGGGAAUCGCGUCCAUGGCCACCAAAUCACACAUCCUGCAAGAUUUCUCUGGAUUAGACAUGGCCACAAGAGGAAAAAUUCAUAAAAGACUCCAGCAUAGACGAUAUGUGCUCUAUAAAUCGUCCAUCUGGCAAGGUGAAUGGACCUCGACCAGUGACCCUGUGCUGGAUAGUGAGAAGAAGCUGACCAGUCCGCACCCCAUCAUGCUUCGGUUGGAGUUUGGUAUUCCCUUCCUCAUCUUCAUGCUCUUAUGCAUGGUGGCAGUGCUCCUUAUCACUUUGACGCCAGCCCGAGUGGUUCCCAACGCUGUACCGUGGUUGCCGAUUGUUGUUGCUACGGCACUGAAAUUAACCUUCAGCACAUUCGAAGCCGAUGUUCGACUUAUCGAACCAUUCUAUCAGCUUUCAAAGGGAAAUGCGAAGCCCGAGAACAGCCUGACCCUCGACUACCAAGCCACUGUGUAUGGCUGGAUCACAUGCAAAGCUCUCUGGAACCGUCAUUACCUCGUGGCAUUAGUAGGGUUCUCAUCGCUUCUCCUGGACAUUCUCACCGUCACCGUGGGUUCGUUUUCUGUCAACUCAGAAGUCUUUUUGAAGCUGAAAGACAAGGACGACUCAAGUGGUGACGAGACAUUCGCCUCGUUCUGGGCUUCGCUGAUCCUGUCGGUGACGAUCCUUGUGAUUGUCAUCUGCACGACAUCAAUAGUAUAUUGGCGACGCCGCCACCCAUUCUUACCACGAGAGCCAUCCACCAUUGCGGCUAUACUGGCGUUCAUAUACUCGAGUAAUAUGCUCACAGAUUUCAUCGAUACCGAGACUUUGAACAACAAACAAAUGGAGCAACGACUAAUGGGACUGGGCAAGCGGUACGGUCUCGGCUGGUUUCGUGGUCGAGACGGUCAAAUACAUUGCGCGAUCGACGAAGAACCGAUGAGAAGCCGAUAUGUACAUGGCAAACCAUAUACGAUGGCACAGGCAGGUCCAUUGCAGCCUCACGAGACAUUUUAUUCUGUAUAG